AUGGGUGCGGUGGAUGACCCAGGGGAGCCGGCUGAGGCGCAGUUUGCGCCCGGCUGCAACCUGCUGGUUCGGCCGCGGCCGGGCUGCGGGAUGCACACCCGGCUGACAGGCGCGGCAGCUGGCGACGCGGCGCCCCCUGGCGCCGACGCUGCGGCCCCCGCGAUCCCCUUGCACGGCGGCCUUGGCGAGCCGACGCACUUUGAGACAGACCUGUUUGUUGGCGUCAUGCAGGUGGUGUUCCGGCUCCCAGCGGAGCAGCAGGCGCCCGAGGCGGCCGCCCUGCUCAGCGGCAAGAAGAGGCAGAUGUGGGUCAUGUUCCAGGGCCGCCUGAAGCGCGCAGUACCGCUGGAUGACCUGCAGUACGGAUCCUUCUACUCGCGCCGCAUGCGCUGCCCCGCGCCCAUCAUACUGGGGCCGGCCCUGCGGUGGCUGUCCGCUAGGCUGGGCAGCACCCUGGCCCUGCAGCUGCGCGGCGACCGGCCGCACGUCACGGGUCCGCUGUGCGCGGCGGCGCAGGUGCUCAAUGUGUCGCGGGCCGGGGAGGAGCCGGGGCUGGUGGAGGCAGAGGAGGACACGCGGCUGCUGUUUGGGCCGGGGGCAAAGGGCGCGCCGCUGCCGUCCAACAAGCGGCGCUCCUACUUCCGGCGCGCUUCGCACCGCGCGGGCAAGGCCUUCUCCCCGGACCACGUGAUCACCAUCCACUGCUUCGACCACAGGCGAGGCCCGCCCCUCUUCACCCCCCUCCCUUCAUGCACCCCACCUCCCCUCCACUGA